UACUAGGCACGUUGGGAGUUGUGGUUCACGGGCACGAAGGCGCAUAUGUGUGCGUCACUAGGGCGCCUCUGGAAGUGUCUGCUGGGAGUUCUGGAGACCCGGUGAGCGCGGGAACCCUGGCAUGGAGGUUUGAGAGCUGCGAACGCCCACGGCAAACCUAACGGCCUGUGAGUACGGACAGAGUGUGGGACGGACUGGCUGAAGUGUGAGACGGCUGAUGGAGUAUGGUAGAAGCUUCCCUAUCUAGAAAUGGGGAUUGAUUCUGAAGCAAACUAAUACUGAAGUCAGAAGGCGAGAGAACUAUGGUGAUGAAGCUCUAACAUUUCUUCAGACCCAAUUCUGAGGCUUGAGUCAUUCCUGUGACUCACUGAAUUCUUCUGCCCAAUGGCCAUCCCCAAGAGCCCUCUGAGCCCAGUACUCUGGGAACAGGAUAGCUUCCUUCAGGUGAAGGUGAAAGAGGAGGAAGAAGCUAGCGACUCCCAGAGCCAGGAAUCCAGCCUUAGCUUUACUGCCCACCCUGAGGCUGCACGCUUACGCUUCAGGCACUUCCGCUAUGAGGAGGCAUCCAGCCCCCAUCAAGCACUAGCCCAACUGCGAGAGCUUUGUUGCCAGUGGCUGAGGCCAGAGUCGUCCUCCAAAGAACAGAUGCUGGAGUUGCUGGUGCUGGAGCAGUUCCUGGGUGCACUGCCCCCUGAGAUCCAGGCCUGGGUGGGUGCUCAGUGCCCAAAGAGUGGAAAGGAGGCCGCCGUUCUGGUGGAGGAUAUGACUCAACUGCUGGACAGGAGAGUUCCAGGAUGGGAGCCAGGAGUGGAAAAUGAAGAAGCAAGUUGCAAAGAGAGCAAUACAGAUGAAUUGGAGCCACCAGAAAUGGCCACUGAAACCGUCAUGGCAAGUGUUUCGCCAAAAUCUACCCUUGCCCACACUUAUAAACCCGAGAGCAGCUCAGAGAGCCAGCCAGAGCUCCUAGGAGCACUCUGGAUGAAGUCUACUGCCCAAGAGAUGGAUUUCAGAAAAGCUCUGGGGCCUCAUAUGGAUGCCCCCAAAGACCAGCCUGGCCAUGAGUCUGAGGCCUCAGGAAACAGUUCCAACAUGUGGCCCAAGUUCCCUUCCCAAGACAAGGCUUCUUCAGAGGAGAAAUUUGGUCCAUUACUUGAUAAUGAGACAGUGCCUCCAGAUACAUACUCAGAGAAGAAGUCUUCCAAGGAUGGUGAAUGUAUGAAAACAUUCCAGAACACUUCAGCCCUGGAAACACACCAGAAGAGCCGCUCUCAGAAGACGCCCUAUGCCUGUAUUGAGUGUGGGAAGGUAUUCAGUCGGAGCACGCACCUUGUCCAACACCAAGUUGUUCACACAGGAGCAAAGCCCCAUGCAUGUAAAGAGUGUGGUAAAGCCUUCAGUCGAGUUGCCCACCUGACACAGCACCAGAGGAUUCAUACUGGUGAGAAGCCUUAUAAAUGUGAGGAAUGUGGUAAAACCUUCAGCCGCAGCACGCACCUCACGCAGCAUCAGCGAGUGCACACAGGCGAACGGCCCUACGAGUGUGAUACGUGCGGCAAAGCCUUCAGCCAGAGCACCCACCUGACACAGCACCAGCGCAUCCACACUGGAGAGAAGCCCUACAGGUGUGAUGUGUGUGGGAGAGCCUUCAGUGACUGUUCAGCUCUGGUCCGGCACCUGAGAGUUCACUCUGGAGAGAAGCCUUAUCAAUGUAAGGACUGCCCAAAGGCCUUCGCACAAAGCUCCUCCCUCAUUGAGCACCAGCGCACUCACACGGGUGAAAAGCCUUAUAAAUGCAGUGACUGUGGGAAGGCUUUUAGCCGCAGCUCUGCUCUCAUGGUGCACCUAAAGAUCCAUAUCCCCGUGACUCGAAGCACCCCUUAGAGUACAGCACAGCCUCCGUGAGAGGAUUGACAUCUAAGAAAUCUGAUAGUUGUGCUACCCAGUGUCUAAGGGAACACCUCUACAUUUGAGGUCCCAGGGGAAGUCCCCUAAUGAACACAGAUUCAGACCAAUUGGUGAAGCUCCUGGAAGCUUCCUACUGCCCUCCACAUCCCACUCAGGCUGGUCCCAGAGAGAAGAUACUAGUGAAAUAAUGAUCUGCAUUGUUUCUCGGAACCAGAGCAAGUAAAGCCUUUGUCUUUCCAGGCUCAGAUGGCCCAAGAUCCUCUAGGCAGGAAGACCCAAGCUUCAGGUUCUCGCAUAGCUACUGUUCUCGCCAAUUCCUUUGUUGGUCAGCCUAGAAUGGCCCACUCUGUGCCUUCGCACCUGCUUCCCCACCAUACUACUCUAUACCUAACUCCAAGACAGAUUUGUGAGGCUGCCUUUCCGUGCCAUCCCCCUCAUGUUCUCUCUGCUUUAAUCCACUGUAUCAGUCUUCUUCUCCCAUGUCUUCCUUCCAUAUCUCACAGGUUCCGGCCCCGUGGAUUCACCUCAGGCUCAUCUCUAAUCUAGCCCCUCCUCUAGUAUCACCUCCUGUGAGCUCACCUUGCCUCCCACUGGACUUUUUAUCAGGGCUCUCCUUUUUCACCUCUUCCUGCCUUCAUUCCAUCCCCACCCACUUCCUGGUACAUCUCUUUCUGCUACCCAGAUCACAUUGAGUCAUUCCAUGACACAAUAUGUUGUCAGUGAGUCACCUCUUCAACAAACAAGCAUGCCAGGAUACAUGUCACUUUGGCCCAAACAAUUACUCUAGAUAUCCUCAAAUGUGUAUAAGAAUGUUGUCAUUUGUCUUUGAACACGGUAUGUGAAAGUGAUUUCAAAGUACUGGUCUGCCUGUUGGGCAAACUAUACUCCUUGUCUGUUGUCUUGUGUUUGCUCCAGACCUGGCCUCCUCUUGCCUCUUCCACUCCUUGUAGCCUUCACCUCCCACAUGCCAGCCAUACUUCCCCCACCUGUGUGCCUUUCUGUCCCUGGAACCCUAAGGCCUUCUUUCCUCUAUGAUGUCUCAGAUGUCCUUGAAAAGCUUCCCCAAACACUUUGACCUGACCUUAUCUUGCCUGACACACUCUUGCUGCUGGGGUACCCCAUUAUUAACUGUCUUAAACCUCUUUACCAUGUCAUUGUGCUUGCACUUCUUAAACAGUGCAUAGGCCAGCGCUCCCAAAGGAUUUUAUGCUGUGGACAUAAAUGCACAGCAAACCCUUCCCAAUAUCUCUAGGAUGAGUGAAACUAAUACCUCCCUUUGGUAGUCACUGUCCUCCACCCCACAUUUUCUUCAUAAAGGCAUUUCUGGAAGAGCCCCUGUGCCCAUGUAAGUACAGCUGCAGUGGUCAAAACAAAACAUGGCUAUACUGAGCCUUCCUUGCCUCAGGUCCUGUAGCCCUGGGUACCACAGACUCAAGGGAUGCCAGCGCUCUCCCAGUCCUAAAAUCAGCCUGUUUACUUUCCCGCAGAAAGACAAUCCCCUGGCUCCUGUCCUGUGCCUCCUGACUAAUACGAGUGACUUUACAAGGUUUUCUUUUCAGUCAUGGAUCUACAUGAGCUACUGUAUCUACAUCCAUUAGCAUAAUACAUUUUGUUUUCCUGAACCUC